AUGCUCAAUUUUGCAUUGGAAUACCGAGCAGCAAUUGACAAGAUAACAGACAUGCGGAAAUUGGGGCUUGGUGACUAUGAACUGACCAAGGACGGGUGGGCUCUGAUUCUCAAAGAUGCAACUUUAUACUUCUCGCAUUCGACACCAAACUUAGCUAUGGUCAUCCCUGCAAUUAAUCACAUCGACCAAGUCUUUACUAAUGAACCUGCCAUACGCACCGCACUUGGACUUGCAAAAUGCACACUUAACCGGUACUACUCAAUGAUGGAUAGAUCUGAGGUUUAUCAUAUUGCUAUGGUUCUUCACCCUCGUCACAAACUCUCCUACUUUAGAUCUGUAGGCUGGGAGCAGCAGUGGAUCAAAACGGCUGAAAAACUCGUCUGA